AUGGCGGGUCCCGUAAGACAACCGAUUGAUCUCCAGGCACUGGAGAAAUAUAUAGAGAAGCACGUUCCUGAAAUCAAGACACCGAUUGAGAUCAAACAGUUCGGAUUCGGACAGUCAAAUCCAACGUACCAACUCCUCUCCUCCAAUGGCCACAAAUACGUGAUGCGCAAGAAACCACCCGGAAAACUCGUCUCGAAAACGGCGCAUCAGGUCGAGCGCGAAUAUCGCGUCAUUCAUGCGUUGGAGAAAACAGAUGUGCCGGUUCCCAAAGCAUAUUGUUUGUGUGAGGAUGAGGGGGUGAUCGGUACACCAUUCUACAUUAUGGAAUUUUUGGAUGGGAGAAUUAUUGAGGAUCCUGGGAUGCCGGGGGUCGGAGAGGAGGAAAGGAGAGAGAUGUGGCAUGAUGCUAUUCGUACUCUGGCCAAACUCCACCGUGUGGAUAUAUCGAAAGCUGGCCUGACGAGUUUUGGUAAAGCAAAUGGAUUCUACGAUCGCCAGAUUAAAACAUUUGGGACCAUCAGUGCAGCGCAAGCUUCGACGGUGGAUAUUGAAACCAAGAAACCUGUGGGUCAGAUACCACAUAUUGAGGAGAUCUUGGGAUUUUUUAAGGAUAAGAGAUAUCAGCCCAAAGAUCGAGGGACAUUGGUGCAUGGAGAUUAUAAAAUUGAUAAUCUCGUUUUUCACAAGACGGAACCGAGGGUCAUUGGGAUUUUGGACUGGGAAAUGUCCACCAUCGGCCACCCCCUCUCCGAUCUCGUCAACAUUCUCUCACCACAUACCGUGCGCCACGAGAAAAAAUUCGCAUCGCUCCCGCAAUUUCUCGAGGAGGAUAUCCCCGGGCUGCCCGCGCAAUCAGAGCUCAUAUCCUGGUAUCGGGAAACUGCGGGUUGGGAUCCGGAACCUGAUUUGUCGUGGGGAGUGGCGUUUGGGUUCUUUAGGAAUACGUGUAUUUAUCAAGGGAUUGCGGCGAGGUGGGCGGUGAGACAGGCGAGUAGUGCGAAGGCGGAGGUGCAUGCGCAAGCGAGGUGGCCGAUGGGGGAGUUGUGUUGGAAGUUUGUGGGGUUGGCGAGGAGGGGGAAGGAGGAGGGGGAGAGGGAGAAGGCGAAGUUGUAG